AUGGCUUUCCCCAACGUUUACACCCACCGCAAGGUCGCCGAGAUCAAACCCAAGGCAUGCGACAUUUGCUACAAGCUCAGCUCCAGCGUGCUGAUCACACCUGACAACAAGGACUGGUUCUACGUCUGCCCUGCGCAUCUCAAGGACACCGGGUUUUGCACACCCAAGAUUGACCAGGCGGCGAUCGAAGCGCGCAAGAAGCGCGAGCUCGAUGAAGAGGUGGAACGCGUCAAAAAGGAAUACGAGGAGAAACAGAAGAAAAAGAAGGAGAAGGAGGAGAAGGGGAAGGAAGAAAAAAAGGAGGAGUCAGGAGACAAUGAUAAGGGUGGCAACGGCAAGGCCAACCAGGAAGAAGCAGAGACAGAGAAGGACACCGAUACUGUGCCUGUUAUCGAGGAAGAAGAGCCCCGCGUGUUUGAGCUCAAGAGCACCUUUUACCAACAACGAGUCAACAAGAAGCGGCAAGCCGAGAUUGCCCGCCGAAACCGUGAACGCCUGCAGGAUCCUACUUACUUUCCCUCCGUACCAAAGAACCUCCCUUGA